AUGGCCCUUAGAAUUUUUUAUAUUUUUCAGACUUAAAAAGAAGAAGAAGAAGAAGAAGAAGAAGAAGAAGAAGAAGAAGAAGAAGAAACUGAUGCUGUACUUUAUAAAUGGUGGGAGACUGAUAACAAUGAUGACACAAUUAAGUGGAAAACUUUAAAACACAACGGUGUUAUUUUUCCUCCCGAAUAUGAACCCUUGCCAUCACACGUUAAACUUUAUUAUAACGGAAAACCUGUUGACCUGCCCCCACAAGCUGAAGAAGUGGCAGGAUUUUAUGCUGCUUUAUUAGAAACUGAUCAUGGCAAGAAUCCUACCUUCCAGAAGAAUUUUUUCCAUGAUUUUAAAGAAGUGCUAGAGGAGAACGGUGGGACCAAGAAUGGCGUUAACAUUGAAAAAUUUGAAAAAUGUGAUUUUAGUAAAAUGUAUGAUUAUUUUGAAUUAAAAAAACAAGAAAGAAAAAGCUUGACUUCUCAAGAAAAGAAACAACAGAGAUUAGAAAAAGAAAAAUUUGAAGAACCUUACAAAUAUUGCUAUUUGGAUGAAAGAAAAGAACAGGUUGGCAAUUUCCGUAUUGAACCACCUGGGUUAUUCAGAGGUCGCGGUGCCCAUCCUAAAACCGGUAAAUUGAAAAGAAGGGUUUACCCAGAAGAAGUUGUAUUAAACUUGGAUAAGGAUGCCCCCAUUCCUGAACCGCCAGCUGGACACAAAUGGGGGGAGGUUAGACACGAUAAUACCGUUCAAUGGUUAGCUAUGUGGCGGGAAAAUAUUUCUAAUUCUUUCAAGUAUGUUAGAUUUGCUGCAAACUCCUCUUUGAAAGGCAUGAGCGAUUACAAGAAAUUUGAGAAGGCCCGUGAAUUAAAAAAACAUAUUGACGUAAUUAGAAAGGAUUAUAAAAAAAAUUUAAAAAGCAAAGUUAUGCUGGAAAGACAGAUGGCAGUUGCCACCUAUUUAAUCGAUGUAUUUGCCUUAAGAGCUGGUGGUGAAAAAUCAGAAGAUGAAGCGGAUACUGUUGGUUGCUGUUCGUUGAGAUACGAACACGUUACGUUGAAGCCACCACAAACCGUCAUAUUUGACUUUUUGGGUAAGGAUAGUAUUAGAUACUACCAGGAAGUUGAAGUUGAUAAACAGGUUUUUAAAAGCCUAGCAAUUUUUAAGCGUGCACCAAAGAAACCUGGUGAUCAAUUGUUUGAUAGAUUGGAUCCAUCGAUUUUGAAUAAACACUUGCAAAAUUAUAUGCCUGGGUUAACGGCCAAAGUUUUUCGUACUUACAAUGCUUCAAAAACUAUGCAAGAUCAAUUGGAUCUAAUCCCAAAUGAGGGCACUGUGGCUGAAAAAGUAUUGAAAUAUAAUGCUGCUAAUAGGGCAGUUGCCAUUUUAUGUAAUCAUCAACGUUCUGUUUCCAAGGGCCACGAGGCUUCAGUGCAAAAGGCAACUGACAAAAUUGCAGAGUUAGAAUGGCAAAAAAUUAGAUAUAAAAAGGCCAUAUUACAGUUGGAUAAAGAAGAAUUAAGUAAGAAUCCUAAAUACUUUGAAGAAAUUAGUGAUUUAACAAAAGAGCAACAGGCAGCAAUACACAAACGAGUUAUUGAACGUGAACGUGAAAAGUGGAAUAAAAAAUUUAUUAGGGAAAAUGAAAAAUUGAAAUUUGAGGGCCAAGAUCCAUUACCAGAAGAGCAACUAAAAGAAUGGUUAAAUCGUACUGAUGAAUUAGAAAAACAGCUUGCUCACGAAUUAGAAACUGAUGAAAUUGAAGUUAGAGCCACUUUACUAGAUGUAGAUAAAUUAAAGGCUCAAAUAGAAAAACUGGAAAAUAGAAUUAAAAUAAGUACCAUUCAAUUGAAGGAUAAGGAAGAUAAUUCGCAAGUUGCUUUAGGUACCUCUAAGAUUAACUAUAUUGAUCCAAGAUUAUCGGUAGUGUUUUGUAAAAAGUAUGAUGUUCCAAUUGAAAAAAUCUUUACAAAGACUUUACGAGAAAAAUUUAAAUGGGCUAUUGAAUCCGUAGAUGAAGAAUGGAGAUUUUAG